CGACAUAUUGGCAUAUCCUUCAAGUCCUCGAAGAAGAAACAGCUGAGAUUGUAGCUUCAUAAAUUAGUGGUGAUGUCACGGGUCAGACAGCCUCCCCUGGUGACGGGGAUCUCGCCCAAUGAGGGGGCUCCGUGGACCAAAGUCACCAUCCGAGGAGAAAACCUGGGGACCGGACCAGCCGACCUCAUCGGUUUGUCCAUCUGUGGCCAUAACUGCCUGUUGACGGCUGAGUGGAUGUCUGCCAGUAAGAUCGUGUGCCGUGUGGGGGUGUCUAAGGACGACAAGGGGCAGAUUAUCGUCAGCACCAAGAGCGGGGGGCCGGGGACCUCCACCGUCAGCUUCAAGGUGCUCAAGCCGGACCGCAUCGGUAUCCUGGAGCAGUCUGCGGUGUGGGUUGAUGAGAUUAAUUAUUACGACCGGACCGACCGCAACAAAGGCAUCUCCCCCCUCUCCCUACGCCCAGCCAACCCCCUGGGCAUCGACAUAGACAAAGGGAAGGUGGCCCAUAAGGACUUGGAGGACAAGUUUCCGGGCAUGAGUGGAGACUUCACCAGUGAGAACUUCUCAGCCACCUGGUACCUGAUAGAGAACCAUUCUUCCACCAGUUUUGAGCACCUGCGUACGGCGUCAGGCCAUCUGAAGAAGCAGGCCACCCAGAAGAACGAGGGCAGCCUGGCCUACGUCAAGGGGGGGCUCAGCACCUUCUUCGAGGCCCAGGACGCGCUGUCUGCGAUCCACCAGAAGUUGGAGUCGGACGGCACUGAGAAAGUGGAGGGCUCUAUGACCCAGAGCCUGGAGAACAUCCUCAACCGUGCGAGUGACACGGCGGAUGCCCUGUUCCAGGAGGUGCUGGGGCGUAAGGACAGAGCUGACUCCACCCGAAACGCCCUCAACGUCCUGCAGCGCUUCAAGUUCCUCUUCAACCUGCCCCUCAACAUAGAACGCAACAUACAGAAGGGAGAGUAUGACGUGGUGAUUAAUGACUAUGAGAAGGCCAAGUCUCUUUUUGGGAACACAGAAGUUGCUGUCUUCAAGAAAGUGUAUGCAGAGGUGGAGACUCGUAUCGGGGAUCUAAGGAGCCUGCUGUUGGGGAAACUGCUGGAGACGCCAUCUACCCUGCACGACCAGAAACGCUACAUCAGGUAUUUGUCUGACCUGCACGCCAGUGGCGAUCCGGCGUGGCAGUGCAUCGCAGCCCAGCACCAGUGGAUACUGCAACUCAUGCAGGACGCCAGGGAACAGCAGGAGGGAGAGAAGCGCCUGGUGGCCAGAGCUCUCCACAUGAGGAGAGGCAGCAGCUUCCAGACCCCCCGAGAGGAGACCUGGUCUGUCAGUACCGCCACAGGUCCUCCCCAGCUGCAGUUUGUGGAGCGCCUGACUGAUGUGGUGAUCAGCCAACUGCCCAACUUCUGGAAGCUCUGGAUAUCAUACGUCAACGGCAGCCUGUUCAGUGAGACAGGAGAGAAGUCUGGCCAGGUGGAGAAGUCAAAGAAGAACGCACGGCAAAAACAGAACGACUUCAAGCGUAUGAUCGAGGAGGUGGUCACGAGGUUGGUGCUGCUGCUGAGGGGGUGUCUGCUGCCUACAUCUCUCCCGGACGUCCAGCUCCGCCUCUACGGGGGCUGGGACAACACGCCCCCCCUCACUGGCCAACACAUAACACAGUCUAUACACACCAUCAGGUUGUGUCAUGAGGCGUUGUCUGCGUUGGAGAUUCCUAAUGAUCUGUUGCAGGUUAUCCAGGACCUGCUGCUGGAACUGAGGGUGCACUGCCUACUGACUACACUGCAGCACACUACUGAAGAUGUGAGGAGGCUCGCUGACAAGGAGGACUGGAAGGUGGACAACGAAGGAAUCACAUCCCUGCCUGCCCAGUUUGAACAGUGUGUUUUCCUGAUGCUUCAGUCGCUAAAGGAUCCACUGGAAUCCAAACCAAAUGAAAUGAAUAUUCUACAACUGGAAGCAAUUCAGGACCAAGCGUCAGAGCUGUUUGUGAGAAUCAUGAAGGUGUUCAUCGGCUGCUUGGAAGAGUUGAGCACGAAAACGGACGGAGACUUGGAGACAUCCCAUAUGUCUUCAGAUUUGGGCUCUCCUGACCUCUUCAGUAACACUUAUGAAGACUCCAAACCCACUUCGGAGCAGCGUCUGCUGAUCCUCCUGAGUAACUGCCACUACCUGGAGAAGCACACCUUCCUCAACCUGGCCCACCACAUGGAGACACACGGCUUCACAGGCACCGAGAGAGUACUCAGCUUGAGUCUUGAGGAGGUGCGUCGGCUGGAUGCUGAGGUGUUUGAGAGCUACAUUGAGCAGAAGGCCGACCCCAUAGUGGGAUACCUGGAGCCCGGCAUAUACGCUGGAUACUUCGACUGGAAGGACUGCCUACCUCCCACAGGUGUGAGGAGUUAUCUGAAGGAGGCCUUGGUGGCAAUCAUCACGGUACACGCAGAGGUCUUCUCCAUCUCUAAGGAGCUGGUUCCGCGUGUGUGCUCUCGCAUCAUUGAGGCCGUUGCCGAGGAGAUGAGUCGCCUCAUGCAGUGUGUGUCGUCCUUCAGCAAAAACGGCGCUCUUCAGGCUCGGCUGGAGAUCUCUGCCUUGAGUGAUGCCAUAUCCGUCUACCUCACACCUGAGAGCCGGGGCAGCUUCAAACAGGCGCUAGAACCCCUCCCUCAGCUACAGAGCGGAGCAGACAAGAAGUUGCUUGAGGAGUUGUUGAAUAAGUUUAAGAGCAGUAUGCACCUGCAGCUCAGCUGCUUCCAGCCCUCCUCAGCUCAUCCUGUCAAGAGAUGAACACACACACAAACGCACACACACACACACACAAACGCACACGUACGCGUACAUGCUCACGCACACACACACACACACAA